CCGUCCUGGAUUGGUGUGUCCAAGGCUUUGGCUUUCCGAUUGGUUAAAGUUGGGUGGGAGGGGAAUAAGCGGGGAGAUUUGAAUUUGAAGCGAAUAGGGCCUAACAAGCCGCAGGAAGUUGCCGAGGAGCACCCUAGAAACCUUCGGUUUUGUGCGGCGGGUCGUCAGCAUGUCCUUUUCUAAGGCGCCCCUGAAACGAUUCAAUGACCCUUCUGGAUGUGCACCAUCUCCAGGUGCUUAUGAUGUUAAAACUUCAGAAGUAUUAAAAGGACCAGUAUCCUUUCGGAAGUCACAAAGGUUUAAAGAACAAAAAGAAUCUCAACAAAAUCUUAAUGUUGACAAAGAUACUACCUUGCCUGCUUCAGCAAGAAAAGUUAAGACUUCGGGAUUAAAGAAAGAAUCUCAAAAGAAUGAAAAAGAUUUGAAGAUGUUGGCAAAAGAGAUUCGUGUUCUUGUGCAGGAACGUGGUGCUCAAGACAAGCGGAUCCAGGAUCUGGAAGCUGAGUUGGAGAAGACGGAAGCAAAGCUAAAUGCUGCCGUCAGGGAAAAAACAUCUCUCUCUGCAAGUAAUGCUUCACUGGAAAAACAGCUUAUUGAAUUAACCAGGACUAAUGAGCUACUAAAAUCUAAGUUUUCUGAUGAUAGUAACCAGAAGAAUUUGAGAAUCCUAAGCCUUGAGUUGAUGAAACUUCGAAACAAAAGAGAAAUAAAGAUGAGGAGCGUGAUGGCUAAACAAGAAGGCAUGGAGGUGAAGCUGCAGGUUACCCAGAAGAAUCUCGAAGAGUCUCAGGAGAAAAUAGCACAACUUGAGGGGAAGAUUAUUUCAAUAGAGAAAGAAAAGAUUGAUGAAAAAUCUGAAACAGAAAAACUUUUAGAAUACAUCGAAGAAAUAAGUUGUGCAUCAGAUCAAGUGGAAAAAUACAAGCUAGAUAUUGCCCAGUUAGAAGAAAAUCUGAAAGAGAAGAAUCAUGAAGUUUUAAGCCUUAAGCAGUCUCUGGAGGAAAAUGUUGCUAUAUUGUCUAAACAAGUGGAAGACAUGAAUGCUAAAUGCCAGCUGCUUGAAAAAGAAAAAGAAGACCUCAUCAAUAGGGACAGAGAACAGGAUGAAAAUCUAAACUCUGAGAUACGAAACUUAAAAGAGAGGUCUGUUCUUAAACAACAAGAACAUGAAGAGCUACAACAAAAAGUGUUGCAAAUUGAUUCACUUCUGCAACAAGAAAAGGAAUUAUCUUCUAGUCUUCAACAGAAGCUAUGUUCUUUUCAAGAGGAAAUGGUUAAAGAGAGGAAUCUCUUUGAGGGAGAAUUAAAGCAAGCACUGGAUGAGCUAGAUAAAUUACAGCAAAAGGAGGAACAAGUUGAAAGCCUGGUCAAGCAAUUGGAAGAAGAAUCAGAAUCUAGAGGUGAAGAACUAAAACUCAUGGAAGAAAGACUGAAAGGGAAAGAAGCUGAACUGGAGAAAAGUAAUGCUGCUCAUGCUCAGACCACACUGCUUUUGCAGGAAAGGUAUAACAGUACAGUGCAGAGCCUGAGAGAUGUUACCGCUCAAUUUGAAAGCUAUAAAGCAUCAGCAGCAAGUGAGAUAGAAGAUCUUAAGGUGGAGAACAUGUCACUUCACGAAAAAGUGGCCAAGGCUGAGAAAAAUGCAGAGGAUGUUCAGCAUGAGAUAUUGGCAACUGAGAAUGCAAAUCAAGAAUAUGCAAGGAUGCUUCUAGAUCUGCAGACCAAAUCAACACUUAAAGAAGCAGAAGUUAAAGAAAUCACAGUUUCUUCUCUUAAAAAAAUAACUGAUUUGCAGAACCAACUCAAGCAACAAGGCGAAGACUUUAAGAAACAACUGGAAAAGGGAGAAGCAAGAAAAGCUGGAAAAGAAAAAUCAACGGCAGAAUUAACUGAGGAAAUGAAUAAGUGGCGUCUCCUCUAUGACGAAUUAUAUAAUAAAACAAAACCUUUUCAGCUACAACUGGAUGCAUUUGAAGCAGAGAAACAGGCUUUGUUGAAUGAACAUGGUGCGGCUCAGGAGCAGCUAAAUAAACUAAGAGAUUCGUAUGCUAAAUUAUUGGGUCAUCAGAAUCUAAAGCAAAAAAUCAAGCAUGUUGUGAAAUUGAAAGAUGAAAACAGCCAACUCAAAUCGGAGGUGUCAAAACUCCGCGCUCAACUUGCUAAAAGAAAACAACAUGAAACAAAACUUCAGGAGGAAUUGAAUAAAGUUCUGGGUAUCAAACACUUUGAUCCUUCAAAGUCUUUUCUUCAUGAAAGUAAAGAAAAUUUUGUUCUCAAAACCCCGCUAAAAGAAGGCAAUACAAACUGCUCCUAAGCUCUUAAUGGAGUUUCAAGAAUCAUGCAAGUAAACAUCUGAAAAGCCUGUUGAAGAUUAUUUCAUUCUUAUUAUUUUUAUUGUUAUUGUUGCUACUUUUGUUGUUAUUAUUGUUUGUAAUGAAUAUUUUUAAAUCUCGUAUUUAAUAUUAACUUCCUCUCCUUACAUAUGUGAAAGGAAGUUCAGAAUUUUUACAUUUACUAAAUGUCUCUGACAUUUUAGUUUCUAUUGUCAGUACUUCUUCCUUGAUGCUCACCCUUAUUACCUCAUUCUAAACCUUCUGACAGGCUUUCCAGCUUUGCAGCUCAUCCCAUCAAGUCAAUAUUCUUUUAAAAAUGCUGACUCUCAAACUAUUAUUUCUGUAUUCUGAAACCUUAGGUGGUUUCAAGACUCUAAUCCCCAGGUUUUUUAGUUUGAUAUUGGAGGUCUUGUCUAAUCUGAACCUUAAGGGCUAAAAUACCUUGGCUUGGGCUUGCCUCUAUUUUGAUUCUCCUAAUAAUGUUCGUUCUGUCCUACCCAUCAUCCAUUUAUCCAGUUCAAGUAAGAAAUAAAGGUGUGCUUAAUUCUGUAGCAACCUCUUUAUCUCUUACCAAAGUCACUGAGUUGGUUAAUAAUUUAUGGAUUCCUAGACCCCAUCCCAGUCCUCCUAAAUUAAAAUCUGGGAUUUGGUCUGAAAAUCUGCAUUUUUAACAAACUGCGGUUAAUUCUUAGAAACUCUGCUCAUAACCUCUUUAGAGAAUUUGUCUUAUGCUACUUGGCAUCUGCCUGAUUCCUGGGUGUUUGAUUUAUAUUUAAGUAAUAUGAAAUAAAAUCACACAUUAAGUCAUUGA